AACUGGUGCCUCCACUCCCUCCCCUUUCGGCUGUCACUCCAGCGAGUUCAGAGGCCUGAAAUGGAGCCUUGUUCCUGUGACUCAUUUGUGGCAUUACCGCCUGCAACCACUGAUAAUAGGAUUAUUUUUGGAAAAAAUUCAGAUAGACUCUGCGAUGAAGUACAAGAGAUAGUUUACUUUUCAGCUGCAGUUCAUGAUAAUUUGGGAGAGCAGCUUAAGUGUACUUACAUAGAAAUUGAUCAAGUUCCUGAGACAUAUGCUGUUGUUCUCAGUCGUCCAGCUUGGUUGUGGGGAGCAGAAAUGGGAGCCAAUGAGCAUGGAGUUUGCAUUGGGAAUGAAGCUGUAUGGGGAAGAGAAGAAGUUUGUAGUGAGGAAGCACUACUAGGCAUGGACCUUGUCAGACUUGGCCUUGAAAGAGCUGAUACAGCUGAAAAAGCCCUCGAUGUCAUCGUUGAUUUACUAGAAAAAUAUGGCCAGGGUGGAAAUUGUACUGAAGGAAGGAUGGAGUUUAGCUAUCAUAACAGUUUCCUAAUAGCUGAUAGGAAGGAAGCCUGGAUUCUGGAGACUGCAGGGAAGUUCUGGGCAGCAGAAAAGAUACAAGAGGGCAUUCGUAAUAUUUCUAACCAGCUUUCUAUAACAACCAAGAUUGAUCGGGAGCACCCAGACUUGAGAAAAUAUGCUAAGCAGAAAGGUUGGUGGGAUGGUAAAAAGGAGUUUGAUUUUGCUGCAACAUAUUCUUACCUUGACACGGCCAAGAUGACGACUUCACCAGGCAGAUACUGUGAGGGCUACAAGCUUCUGAAUAAACACAAAGGAAACAUAACUUUUGAAACAAUGGUGGAAAUACUCCGAGAUAAACCAAGUGGCAUUAACAUGGAGGGAGAAUUCCUGACAACUGCAAGCAUGGUUUCUGUUUUACCUCAAGACUUCGGCCUUCCUUGUGUUCACUUCUUUACAGGGACUCCUGAUCCUGAAAGGUCUGUUUUUAAGCCCUUUGUAUUUGUGCCAUGCAUUUCACAACUAUUGGAUACCAGUUCACCAACAUUUGAUCUUGAAGAUCAGGUUAAAAAGAAACCACACUGCAAGCCUGACAGAAGACACCCACUCUACCAAAAACAUCAGCAGGCAUUGGAAGUAAUACUUAAUAAUGAGGAAAAAGCCAAAACAAUAUUGGACCACAUGAAGAAGAUGGAGAAAGCAUUAUUUCAAGAAAUGGAAUCAGUACUCCAAAACAAGCAUCUUGAUAUGGAUAAAAUUACUAAUCUCUUUCCUCAGUGUACAAAAGAUGAAAUUGAAAUUUAUAGGUCAAAUAUUAAUUCUUAGAAAUCUUCCUCAAAGUCAGACUGCCUCAGUAAAUGACAUAAACCCACUUUGAGUAGCUCUACUUAUCCUUCAGUUGCAUUCAGGUGAUAGAUACCUUGACUAUAAAAUUACAUACAGUCUUGAUAAAAUACUGAGAAAGAAAACAUUAAAAUCAGACACAUAUAUUGUAGGAUAGCCAAAUGAUACUUCAAGUAAUGUACUUGCAUAAUUAUUAUUAUAUUUUUAGUCAUAGUAACUUUUUGUCAAUAAUUAGUAUUGUUUUGCAUAUAGUAUAAAGCAUUAUUAUAAUUCAUGGUUUAUAUUUAUUAUAAUUCUGUACCACAUUCAAAUCAUUUUCUCAGUUUUAUCUACAAACUAUUAUUUUUCCCCUCAUCAUGCAAAAUACCUCAGGUGGUGGUUUUUAUUCCUUAUGUAAACAUUAACAAGAAAAAUUCCAUAUUUACAUAUCUUUAGCAUUGAAAGAUAUUCUGCAAAUGCAUUUUUACUAGACUCAAAUAUUUAUCAGAACUUGGCUGACUGGUGAACCUAUAUCUCUACUCCUCUAGCCUCCCUUUCUUUUUCUCCCUUAGAAACCACAAAUCUGUCUUCACAGUUUUGCUUUUUUCCAGAAUGUUUUGUAGUUGGAAUCAUAUAGUGUACCCUUUUGAUUGGCUUCUUUAACUCACUAUUAAUAUACACUUAAGGUUUCUCCAUGUUUCAUAGCUUAACAGUGCUUUUCUUUUUGGAACUGAAUAAUACCCAUUUUUGGAUAAGCUAUUACUAAAGAACAUUCUAGUUGCUUCCAAUUUUUGGCAAUUAUAAAAAAAUAUAAACAUCUAUGUACAAGUAUCUGUGUGGAUAUAACUUCUCAGUUCAUUUGUGCAAAUACCAACAUGUGUGUAAUUGCUGAAUUGUAUGGUAAAAGUAUGUUUAAUUUUGUAAGAAACUGCUGAACUAUCUUC